AUGUUGGAGGGCGAGUGUUCACGCGAUUUCAUCGGCGUGGCGAAUGGCGCCGGCUUGUUCAAGUUCCGUCAAAACCGCCGAUCAAAGAAGUCCAUCUCAGAGACGGUGAACGCCCCGACGGAAAAGUCAGAUGUUAUCAGGCGUAUCAAUGACGUAUCCAUAGCGCAACAUGACGUGAUCGCCGGCAUGGAUGACGUUCACAGUACGGCUAGCAGUACACGUAGUGAUGACAAGCGGAUCAACGGUUCGACGAGUCUUCUCGAUCUGCCAUUAGCCCCACCCCCACCACCUCCGAUAGACGAUGAGGGUUAUACGAUACGAGAGAACGAAAACGACAAAGAGGAUACGAAUUGGUCAUCAUGCAGUAGCAGCGAUGAGGACGAAAAUGCUUUACAACAGUCGAAAAUUCGUAAUCUAACGAUACGACCAGCCGAUUCAGUGAGGACUAUGAAUGCUUCAGUGGACGAGUUACGUGACGCUAUUGGACAUAUCACUAUAUGUAGAAGUAAUACGUUCGAUAAGGAUCCGUGGUCAGUCGGAUCGAGUCGUCCACCGCUGUUCUCGCAGUCAUUGACCGGCGGCAGCUUAAAGCCGUUGCGUCCCUGUCACACAGCCGACGGUCGAUUUCGAUCGAAUUUCAGUGAGUCUGAGUUUGGAAAAAGCAAUGUGCCAUUGAACUUUUCCGCCUCCAUGGGACCUAUAGCUGGGAUGGCUAGAGCACGGCCACGAAGUAAUACUCCCACAUACAACACAGCAUUCGGUGCCACCACUCCUCUGAGAAAGGACUCAGUCGGUUCAACAGAAUGGGGAUCGUCCUUUGCAAUCAAUAAUUCUGAUGGCAGCCAAUCCUUCGGCGGCAAUCUCAUGCAGGCGACAAUAAGCGAACAUCGCGUACCUAUCGCUAUGGCCAUCAAUGAAUAUUCACAUGUGUGGUUCAAGAGCGCCAAUGUUGAAGAGUAA